CGUCACAAUACCAAAGCGCUGCCGAGUUGUUUUUGUGUUCCCAGCUCUCGGGAAAAGCCGCUGGGAUUUCUCUACCUGGCCGGCCCCUACCUGCGUCCGAGGGGACCCGACAUCCCUUCCGAAAGCUCUGCCAAGCUGCGCAGCGACGGGAGCUGACAUUUCUGAGGCAGUUCUGAUACCUAUCGGAGUUGGGCAGAGGGAAGCGCGACCGGAGGGACGCAGCCAUCAGCGACGGCGGCAGGCCCCGUCCGGGGAUCUUGGAAACACUGCGGUCCAUCAUGAAGUUCCAAUAUAAGGAGGACCAUCCCUUUGAGUAUCGGAAAAAGGAAGGAGAAAAGAUCCGGAAGAAAUACCCGGACAGGGUCCCUGUGAUUGUGGAGAAGGCUCCUAAGGCCAGGGUGCCCGAUCUGGACAAGAGGAAGUACCUAGUGCCCUCUGACCUCACCGUUGGCCAGUUCUACUUCUUAAUCCGGAAGAGGAUCCACCUGAGGCCUGAGGACGCCUUAUUCUUCUUUGUCAACAACACUAUCCCUCCCACCAGCGCCACCAUGGGCCAGCUGUAUGAGGACAACCACGAGGAAGACUAUUUUCUGUACGUGGCCUACAGUGACGAGAGUGUCUAUGGGAAGGGGAAAGCAUGUCAGGACAGAGCUGUUGGCUUGGCUUGGAUAGAAGAACGGAGAUGAUUUAAUUUUCACAUUUCGGAGUAAACUUUCGUGUCACCUCGCAGAAGAGGCAGGAGGCGGGCAAGUUGGGGCCAGAGAUGAUUGGGGACCACCAGUGACUUCCUGCUCUCCCUCCUCUUUGGGCAGAGGUUCUAUUUUUGACACUUGCACAAGAUAGGUAGAGAAAGGGGCUGCGGAUGUUUUAGGACUUCUGGUAGUAGGUCAUUCCUAGGGACCAAAAGAGACCCAUUGUAGUUAAAACAUUGUGACCCUGAUCUCCCGUCUCCACACCUCCCCCAUCCCAGUCGUUAUCCCACAGGGUGCUGAUAGACAUGGGGCAGACAUUUAGAUGGCACGUUCUCCCCACUGGAAAACGGGGGCCAGCCAUGAGGGACGUUAUGGUUAUGAAUAUGGUUUCGAUAGCAUUAAACUGGAAUUGACCAAGUUGGGCAUCUCUGUCUAACCUGCUCUCUCUCUGGUGCCCCUUAUCCCAUACCUACCUUGGACAUUAAUGAGCCACAACCAUUUCCAGUUACGGGCUAGAACCACCCCUUCAGCAUCUCCCAAACUUGGCUCCACGUAUAGGGGACAGAGUUGUCUUUAGGAUGGAAGGGGCAGGUAUGAGGUGAGACCGAUGGGCCACACCUCCCACUCAGCCAGGAUUCUUGCUCCCUUGUUGCUGUCCCUUUAGUCCCAUGCACACCGAAACGCUAAGUGAUGGCCAGCUGCUUCCUUACUUUGGUUUUCAUUGACUGCAGCUGCUAGUUAGGAAAGUUUGAGGGGAUGAUUUAGUAAUUCAUGGGGAUUCUAUUGAUUCUGAGUAUUUUCACUUUGGGGAUUAUAUGGGUGGGGGUGGGGAGCAGGAGUGGCACCCAGUCAUGACAUUUCAGUUCAUCUCUGCUAAUGCAAAGGGUCCUUCCUGUGGGUGAAAUCUGUAUCAGUUCUGUCAGCUGCAGAUUCUUGUGUAAUGAAGUUUAUGCUGUCAGGCCAAGGAAAUAAAAUAAUUGCAUACCUUGAAAACCAA